GAGCGUGCCCUGCGCGGAUUUGUUGCGCAACAGUGAUUACAAAAUGCCGUCAGAGUCUAAACCUUUGUUGACAGCCCAAACAGAAAAGCCAAAUCAUUACUCAUAUUUGAAAGAAUUUCGCGUCGAGCAAUGCCCGCUCUUCUUACAACACAAAUGUACACAGCAUCGACCAUUCACCUGUUUUCAUUGGCAUUUUAUGAAUCAAAGGCGACGACGACCUGUACGUCGUAGAGAUGGGACUUUUAACUACAGUCCCGAUAAUUAUUGCACUAAAUAUGACGAGACUACAGGCAUUUGUCCUGACGGAGAUGAGGUUUUUGCAAUUCUAGAUACGAAUUUUGUUCUAUCAAAUUAUAAAACAGAACCGUGCAAGAGACCACCAAGACUUUGUAGACAAGGAUAUGCAUGUCCGCAGUAUCACAAUAGCAAAGACAAAAGAAGAAGUCCUCGGAAAUUUAAAUACAGAUCAACCCCUUGUCCAAAUGUGAAACACGGAGAAGAGUGGGGGGAGCCGGGUAACUGUGAUUCAGGUGAUCUAUGUUCUUAUUGUCAUACUAGAACAGAGCAACAAUUUCACCCAGAAAUAUAUAAAAGUACAAAAUGUAAUGACGUGCAGCAAUCCGGAUAUUGUCCUAGAGGGGUAUUUUGUGCUUUUGCACACGUAGAACAAGAAUUAGGCGUUUCAAGAGAUACAGGAGAAUGUGGCACAAAUUUAGCAGAAAUUCUAUCAAAUGUUCUUCCUCAAAGUAAUUCAGAUAUUAAACUCAAAGAAAAAAGCAGUGAUAGCUCUAAUGGUUGUAGUGAAGUUAGUGAAUCAUCAUCAACUUCCUCAGAGUUAGGCAAUUCCAUUAGUAAUUUAAAUAGUAGUUUAAUGAAUAUCACCUGCAAUACUUCGACAAAUACGAGCAAGGCGCCAGGAUCCCAAUUAACACAUAAACCAAUUCCUUUCCAGAGACGUUCUGCGAUAGGUUUAGAAUUGACUAAUAAAUUAUUGGCGAUUGAUAAAGACCCCUCUUUAGAUUCGUUAGAGCGCGAACAAAGAAAACAGUCGUGCUUUGGUUACAGCGGUAUCAGCGGAUCCUUUUUUAGUACUGGAAAUGAUACAGUUGAAAGUGUAGUUGGAAAUGCAUUGGACGAGAUAAGCCUAGAAGACUCUUUGAAUCUUUCUGGUGCUCUCGACCGAGACCUGGAUACUGAUUCUCCGACUGUGUCAAACUCUAUAUCAGUAGGUCUCGCCUCUUCAGCAGGUUUAUUAGGCAGUUCAGCCCCUGUAAACAUUCCAAGUUCAGCCAGAUCAGGUCUGAGCGGCUUCAGCCCCACUAGCAAUAGUCCCUUGCAACCUUUCCUAUCAGCGACAAGAUUUUCUCAAUCUGAUAUUGACUUUUUGAAUCAGUCUCAGAUGCAUUUGAGCAGCAGCACUUCAAAAAUCAACAGCUAUGGGGGAUUCUUCGAUUUUCAGUCACAGAGCAUUUCUCCAACUUCUAGGAAUCACAAUAGUUUCAGCAUGUCUCCUAGUAUUAGCAGCAAUAUUGAAGUUGUGAGAUUACGUGAGGAAUUAGCAACAUAUAGGAUACAAUUGAGCACUUGGGAAGAACGUUACCAACAAGUUAGAACAACAUGUGAUGCUUGGCAAAGGGAAGCAGAGGAUGCCAGUAGAAAAACCCAACAAAUAGAGAGCAAAUUCAAUGAAACAAUGACUCAGUAUAGUGCUUUGAAGCAAGACUAUGAAUCUUUACAAGGUGGACCAUUCAUUCGUAGCAUAACAAAAGUAUCAGAAUUGAGCAAAUUGUCUUUAAGUGUUUUAAAAUCUCUACACGCUCAACUCAGGCAAGACGUUGAAGAAAUUGAAAAAGUUCUUUAUAGGGAGACAGCUUCUAAAUGCAUGGUAUGCGAGGAACGCAAUAGAACUGUAACGUUGAGUUGCAAUCACUUUGUUUUGUGCGAUACUUGUGCAAGUACACAAAGUGAAUGUCCGUACUGUCAAACUCCAACAAAUAUAAACAGUAUCUGAAGAAGAGGAGAUUAGGCUUGCAAAUGAAAAUUUCAGAUUCGACUUUGUCUGUACAACAACUUUUAUUAGGAAAAUGGGCAGCGAACAGUCUGAAAUGUUCUCUUGCAAUUUAACAAAUUUUUAAAUGGAUAAUUUAGUAUAGUAGGUUUAUUCAACAAAUUUUUUAUUUAUAAGUCUAGGCACGAUAUUUUGAAAAUGAUUUCGUGGUUAUGUUUACAUCACUGUAAGUUGAUUAUGUUGAAGCUUUUUUGAAAAUUUUAUAUAUUUUUAAUUUUUUGCAUCCAUAUUGAGAGUUUUUUGGAGAUGAGUAUAGCAGGCAAUAUACUGAACCUUUAUUUAAAGUCUGAUUUUGUUACAUUUCAAAUGUGGACUAAUUUUAAUUAUAAAGAUGUUGAGAAGUUAAUUUAUUUGUAUCAAUCAUUACAUCCAUAGAUUUGUGAUUUUAAUUUAUA